AUGCCGGGCGUAUCUGGAGUUUACACCGCUAUACCGGUGAAGUUGCUGGUGUUGCUGUUGACGUUGUGCCCAUGUCGCUGCCACCAAGCUCUCAGUGGAGAAGAUGAGUUGUUUGGAAUGGAGAUGGGGCAACCUUGUCGUGAUAUUCCUUAUGAUGACGUAAACGAUGCUGGUGAUGUCUUCAAGUGGCCGUUGUCGACAGAAGAUGACCUUUCAUUACCUAACCUAGCGCAAUUUCGCCAUGGAGGAGUAAUAGCUUGUAUUGAUGACCUUGAUCAUUGCCAUAAUGGAUUUACAGCCAGCUUCAACAUAACACUGGACAAAGUCAAGGCCUUAGACAGUGGCGAUGUCAUCGCUUUCACGCCAGCGCUCAGUCUCUCAGCCUAUGAAAGCUACUGGGAAAUGCCUGUGUCGCUGCGUCUUGAGGAGAUUGACCCAGUGCCACAGAUAGGAGUUUUCAAGGUGCGAGUGAAGACAUCCGAUCUGGCUUGGGAUAUAGAUUUCACCUCCCGGCUUGAUGCUGAUCAUCCCAUUCUGGUAGGUCUGACUUGGAAACGUAGCAUUGGUCUAGAUGUCUAUGUGGAUGAUGUCUGUGCUGGGUCUGUUGUCAAAGGUUCCUUUCGUAAAUUAUCGGACAAAACCCAGACUGAAUAUGGAGACGGUAUCAUCACUAUCCCGCCGGACAAAUUUCAGUUUGUAGAGUUCCUGAGACCAACGGGAUCUCUCUUGGAUUUUCGGAAUGAAGAUACGGCAUACAGCUACUACUUGGGUUGCCUACCAGUGACUAAAUUAGCAUCGCUGGACCUAUUCAGAGCAUCGUUGCCGUUAUCUGCAGAAGACAGCGCUGUUAUUUCAUGUCGCAGGUCAUGCUAUAACAAGGUCACCUCACUGUAUGCCUUGAUUGGAGAGAACAAGUGUCAAUGUGCUGAUGACAUCACUACUCUAGACCAAACACAGAUGUGCGGAGAGGUGUGUCCCGGUUACUCUUCUCUGCCGUGUGGGUCUGAGGCGGAAUUGAGUGUUUACUUAACAUCGAGUUUGGUCACUCAAUUGCCUUAUCCAAUAGCUGAAGACAUCUCUCCUUCCGAUCCCCUAUCUGAUAUCCGGCCUCUUGAAAUGCCACUCCUUCAUUCGCAUGCGAGAUACAGAAGAAGUUCCGAGAAUGAAGAAACAGAUAGUCUUCUUGUUAGGCACCGAAGGAGUACAGAUUUUAUUGCACUCGAUGAUAUCAAUGGUCUAGUAAACACUAUUCUGAACUUCACAUAUAUCAUAUAUACUGAAACAUCAGAACUCACAUGCUCAUGGACCUUUGGUGACGACACUGAAACGUUAAAACAAGCCGAGGCUGAACAUGGUACACAGUAUCAGCAUCAAUACACCCAGCCAGGUGACUUCACUGCCACCGUUGACUGUAGUGGCAUACAAGACUCUGCAUCAGUCACAGUAUGGAGCAGCAUCGAUGGAUUAACAUCCGAGCAGUUCAGUAUCCAACAGGUCGGUACAACGGCUACUCUGUCAGACGUUACUAUUCAGGUUACCAGAACAGGUGGAGAGGCGUUGCCUGGAAGGGCAAUUUUCAUUCUGAAUGGACUGGAAGAAGUUUUUGUGCCAUCACCAUCCACCCAAUUUGAAACUACCUGGUCACCAACAAAGUUUGGUACUUUCCCCAUGGAUGCAAUCAUUUCGAACAAGGUUGAAGAAGACAUUGUUCUUUCCUUGAAUGUAACUGUUGGAGAUGCAGUAUCUGAAACAUUAGUCACAGUAUCAGGUCCACUUGGUACAAACCAGCCUCUAAAUGUUACAGUUCAGAUAAGUGGAGGGAGUAAUGUAACCGUUGAUGUGGAUUUCGACGAAGGUGAUCCUGUUUCUCAACACCCUCUGAUCGUUGACUACACAUGGAUUAUAAGCUACGCAACAGCCGGUACAAAAAAUAUUAGGGUCACUGCAUAUAACGUCUUUGGAUCUGAGUCGCAAACUGAAGUUGUUGAAAUAAUCCAGUCUGUCGUUGGGCUACAACUCUCGGUAACUCCACUUUCUGUUGGUACAAGCGAAUUUGUUGACUGUAGACUCACUGCAGGACCCACUGUCAUCAAUGAUGUGACAUGUACCAUACUGACUGGCGAUGGGCAAAGCUUUAUUCGAAAUGAUGUGACGCUGAAUAGUCAAUUAGAGUAUUCUGAAAGCUUCUCGUACUCCCAAGAGUUUCUUGAACCUGUGAAAGUAUCAGCAACAUGUUCAAAUGCCGUCAGCAACCAAACUGUAGAAAAAUAUAUCGUGGUUGGUAAAACGGUGCAAAGCUGCUCUAUCUACGCUCCUGAUGCACAGGUUGUAAGGGAAGACGAUGAAACAGUUAUCCUUGUUGAAGGUGGCAAUUCCCUUACGAUCGAGCUAAACUUUGAUGAUGAUUCAGGUACCGUUAGUGUAAAUUCUGAAAUCCCAGGAAGGAUAUCGGUCAAUCAUUCUUUCAGUAUGGUUGGAAUAUAUAACGUUACUGCUACAGUCAGAAAUUCACAAACGUCCAAUAUUUCGUGUGCGAGUGAUAAUGCCACAAUAUACGUCCAGGAUCGUAUACCAGCCUCUCACUUAUUUGCUUUGAGUUCCUCCCCUGAUGCUAUUGAUGUGACCGUGGAGCAACAAAUCAACUUCACCUUGACUCUAGAUUCAGGGCAAAGCAUCCCCCAAGAUACGUAUAUCACAUUCCUUUUUUCCCAGCAGUGUACCUGCAGUCUUUCAAUGAAGCUUGAGAAUCAUCUGACAUUUACCGGGGCCAUCUACAAUGUUAGUGGAACGUACAACGUCACUGCAGUUAUUUCUAAUAGAGUGAGUGCUGCCACCAAGCAGAUGCAGGUUUGGGCGGUGGAAGGACUAGGGGAAGUCACCGUGACACCGUCUGCAGAAGCAUUGUUGGUAGGGGAUGUUCUGGAAUUUACAGUCUUGCCUGCCAGUGGAACUGAAAUACUGAUAAAUAUUACUUGGGGUGAUGGUAGCCACGACGACCGCCAUCUCUCAUCAGCUGCAUCUGUUACGUUCAAUCACACAUACAACACUCUUAAUGAGUAUGAAGUAUGUGUGAGUGUGUAUAAUGCUCUAUCACCCAGUGCCAGGCCAAACUGCACGACCAUACAAAUCCUGUAUCCGGUUCAGGGAUUAACCUUCAACACAAAUACUCAACUUGUUAUAGACAAUUCAUGUGAGUUUGUUAUCGGACUUUUGCCAGAGAUACCCCAUCCUUCAGGGAUGACAUGCAAAAUUGAUCGAGGUGAUGGUACCAAUCCUCUGGUCAUAAAUGAAGAUGACAUAUCUUCUUUUCCACAUCAAAUACAAUGUCUUUAUGUCCCGGCAUUAAAGAAUUAUCUAGCCACAUUGCAUUGCUUCAAUGUCCUUGGAUCAUUGAACCUUACGAAGGCGGUGAGUGUGAGGAAGCCAAUAUCAGAUGUAUUUGAACUGAAAGUGCUGAAUUUGUUUCGUUGGCUUUCCGAAAGUACGGUCUGGUACGAAUUGUCAGUGAAGGAAUAUGAAGACAUUCCAUUUGGCUACGCUGACUUCUAUUGGGACUUUGGGGAUGGGAACUACUCACAUGAAAACAGGAUCAUGCUCGAUCGGACAAUAUCUAAAACCAAGAAGUUCACUGUUGAAGGACUUUACCAAACCAAUGUGACUAUAUCUUAUGGCUUGUGGAAUGGUGUUCUCACAGCACAAGUGACAGUAGCCCAAAAACGUGAUUUGGACGUUUCUAUCAGAUAUUUUGGUGGUGACAGAAAUGGGGAGUAUGGAGGUGGUCAGAAUGAAACCUGGUUUUACAAAAACAAUCAACUUAAAUUUACACCUGUCCCUCUAUAUAAUGACACACAAUAUGUAUGGAAAUAUAGUUCAGAUCAACCAUCAAGUUCUGAAGAUGAAUUUAUUCAUGAAUUUGAGUCAACAGGUGUUUUUGUCGUAACUGUGGAAGCAAAACACCCGCUGUACACUGAUAAUCUGGUGACUUUUCUCCACAUUGUGUCGCCGUUUACAUUUGAGGACAUUGUCGUGGAAGAUGGUUCCGGAAAUGAAACUCAAAAGCUGAAGACUUACAGUAAACUCAACAUCACGCUAUUGGGACAAGGUCUCACCUCGCCUCUUUGUAUCCUCUGGGUGUUCUGCAAUGAAACUUUAUACUUUUCUGGUCCCCCAAACUGCUACAAUGCUGCUUAUAGCAGCGGUGAACCGGGUGUUGCAUGGUCAACAGAUGGACAAGUGCUAACGCAUGUUGAAUUCAACACGCCAGGAGAAUUUAAUUUAACCGUGAUCAUUACAAAUAACAUGGACUCGGAUGCCUCUACUGCCAGUUUGUCAAAAGUUAUAACCAUUGUUGGAUGUCUUGUCCCACCGGUUGUGACUAUAAGUGGAUCCGGAAGUUCCAGAGAACAGCCUAAGGUGUAUCUACGUUCAGACAAGUUCCGUUUAACGUCCACCGUGCGGCUUUGGUGUUUCGGCCUUGAACAACCGCCCCUUUUUCAGUGGUCGACAAUGAUGAUAGAUCCGUAUGACGAGAAUGCAAAUUUUACCGACCUGGAUGAUAAGGAUGGGUCAUAUGCCGACAUUGAACCUCUUACAUUUGAAGUGGGACUGUACAAUCUCACCAUGACUGUUACAGUAACUGAUACAACACCUGAUUUAUCUGGGACUGAUUUUGCAUACAUGCGCAUUGACCCAUCACCCCUAAUUGUCACCAUCGCUGGUGGUAGCGCCAGGUCUGUCAACGGUUUAAAAGAUAUUCACUUCAAUGCAUCAGGGUCGCGGAAUCCUGACCAAAACCUCGAGGAUCAAGACCUGAGUCAAUGGAACUUCACAUGGAGUUGUAAGAGCAAUCAUGACACGACGCCCACUCCUACAGUACCCAACGGAAUUUGUGAGCAAACCACAGAACAGACGAUUCCUGGAAAAGUGCAACCGCUCUUUACUAUUGAAGCAAAACGUCUUGCACUUGAUACAAAGUACAUCAUCAGGGUGGAUGCGAUUCAUGCUGACGGUAGAUUUGGAUCCUAUGAACAGGCCAUACAAACUGUUCCAGGAACACCAGUCUUGGCUAGAAUUGACUGCAUUACCAACUGUUUAUUGAAGGUUAACCCGACUUCGCCAGUGUCGUACCAGGCUCACUGUGAGAAUUGUGCCACACAGAAUGCAACGUAUCUCUGGGAGAUGACCACAGGGGAAGAAGAAAGAGAGCUGGUAGAUCUGGAAGCAAAAGCAGCAAGUGAGUUGACCAAAAGCGGACUGCAGAUAAAGAGCAAUGUCUUGGAGAGUGGCAAGUUCUACUACGUUAGAGUGUACGUGGAAGAACCUGGGAUGUUACAAGGAUUUGUCGAGGUCUCCUUCUACACGAACCUCGUUCCCUUUGGAGGCACUUGUGACAUGUUUCCAAGAAACGGGUCAGCCCUUGUAUCGGAUUUCACGGCAUCCUGCGACGAGUGGAAGGAUGAAGGAGAUGCACCAGAGUAUGACGAAAGAAGCAACGAUGAAUCGGUUCUUCUCUAUAGAGUGCAAUUUCGGGCUAUGGGCUUGGAUGCCGACUACGCCAUGCUUGUGCAAGCAGCAGAAGCAAAGGAAACCAGAGGAUUGAAGUUUCCCAUUGGUCCAAAAUCUGCCAACUACACAUUUCAAGUUCUGUUCACGAUCCUGGACAAGUUUGGCGGGAUUGCCCAAGUGCAGAGAAGCAUCCAGGUUUUCUUGGAAGAGGCGGCUGUGGAGAAGGACGAGCUGCUGACUCUCUUCAGUGAAAAAGGAGAUCUAAACGCCUUGACACAGUCCAAAGAUCCAGAAGCCGGCAUGCGACUGCUUGGUGCCGUCAUAUCUGUGGUAUCUCAGGCAACCGAUCUGACUACUGAAGAUACAGUAUUGGUGAAAGACAAGUCAAUAAAUGUGUUGACGGAGUUGGCGGCUAUGUCGAAGACGUCGGAUGGCAUCGGCAUGGCUGCGGAGGGAUUCUCUAGCCUCUACGCAUCCUACCCCCCUCCCAGUGAAAAUCAAGCUAUUAAUGCUGCUACAUCGUUGGAGGAAAUGACAUCUAAUUAUGCUGACAUCUCAGGAAAUACUGCAGAAGACAUUAAAAGAACAGGCGAUUCACUCAUUGGUACCUGUGGAAACAUGAUGACAGUAGUUCUGACAUCCAUGUCUUCUAAUUCAUCUGGAUCAAACGUAACUGAAGAAGUACUUUCACCAGACGACCAAGAAGGACAAAUAGAGGAGAAUAAUUUUAAGAUGAAAAUGGUGUCCACGUUGAUAGUAGAUGUCAUUGACAAAGUCAGCGACCUGAUCACCUCGAAGCUUGUAGCUGGUCAAGCUCCGGCCAUCUCAACUGGACCAUCCGUUGAGGUUCGGUGCCAGGUCAACGCCCCUGAGGAUCUAACCACCAAUGAUGAUUCUAUCCAAGCGGAAGCAGCUCAGAUAGGGUUUCCACCAGCCUUUAGCUUCAUCGGAGAGGAUAUCGGACAGAAAUUGAUUGCAACCAAAAUUAUCAGCUAUGCCGUGAAUCCCUUCAGCUAUGCUGGAGGAAGCAAUAUCCUUGGGUCAAGCGUAGUUAGCAUCGAGCUCCAGACGGCAGAUCGGAAGAAGAUACCCGUCUCAAAUGCAUCGGAACCCUUGAGGUUAGUGCUUCAGACAGAAGCGGAUGCUCCAGAAACGUUAGAGGUAGACGGCAACAUCACACAGAAACGUCCAAUGUCCUAUCACCAGUUCAAUAUCUCCAAGCCUGAUGAUGAUUUCAGGGCGGUCAUCCGAGGCGACGGUUCUAGUGGUUUCUGGGUGUUUGCCAAGUUUGAGAAUCCGCCACUCAAUGACAGUUACGACGUGGUCCAGCGGUUACCCAGGGAACUCAAUGACACCGAUGUUGGGAUCGAGGGAUUCUUGAAAGAAGAAAUUAGGAACACGUUUGUUUUAUCAAAGGAAGAACACUGCGGGAACGGGACAUACUUCAUUGGCAUCAUGCCUGCAGGUUCUGAUGAGGAAUUUGCGUCGUUGAUAUCAAACUCGACAAAAUGUUCAGGAGAGGAAAGGCUUCUUGUGAUUAACGCAAAUAACGAAAAUACGACGGCUGUCUCAAUCGCGUAUAAUAUUAGCUUCUAUUCAUCGGCAUGCAGAUACUACGAUAACAUUACGGACGAGUGGAAUAGCGAUGGGUGCUGGACCGGGAUUAUGACCAGCACCAGAGAAACGCACUGUCUCUGCAACCAUCUGACAUCCUUUGCAUCCGCCUUCUUCGUCCCGCCCAACAAAAUCGAUUUCAGCGAUGUCUUCAGCAAGAGUCUUCUUGAUAACUUUGCCGUCAUGGGGACCAUCAUUGUGAUUGUAUCAAUUUAUCUACUUCUCCUCAUCUAUGCCAGGAGGAAGGACAAGCAAGAUCUCAUCAAGUGGGGUGUUACACCUCUAAGUGACAACCACCCAGCGCAUACCUACGGAUACCAGGUGACCGUGGAGACCGGGGUUAGACCAGGAGCGGGAACCAAAUCCAAAGUCGGUAUCAUGAUAUCCGGAGAGGAUGCAGAUACUGGAUCGAGAGUCUUGGAUGAUCCCAAAAGACCGGUAUUCCAAAGCGGCUGCAUCAACAGUUUCUUGAUGACAGUUCCGAGGCCACUGGGUCUUCUUACCUACGUUCGAAUCUGGCAUGACAACUCUGGGGCGGGAGGACAAGCAGGUUGGUUCCUUUCAAAGGUCUCCGUCAUGGACCUACAGACGGGCAAGGAGUUCUUCUUUCUAUGUGAGCAGUGGCUAGCAGUAGAGCAAGGAGAUGGUUCUAUAGACAGAACAUUGUUUGUAGCCAGCAAGAAAGACAUGACACAGGUGGGCCAACUAGUCUACACAAGCGGGCGAAAGAAUCUAUCCGACCAGCACCUGUGGUUCUCCCUGUUCAGCCGCCCGACAAGGAGUUCCUUCAAUCGAUGCCAGCGACUGUGUUGCUGCCUCACGCUCCUGUGUACGUCCAUGUUGGCCAAUGCCCUGUUUUACAAGGUAGAUGUGACGGCUGCUCAAGCACAGGCAAUCAAGAUUGGACCGAUCACCAUCACACCAAGUCAGAUUGGGAUAGGUAUAAGUAGCUCUCUUGUCGUCAUGCCAGUUAACCUUAUCAUAGCCCAGAUAUUUCGGAAGGCGCGACCGCUUGAAUCUGAUGCACCAGACCCCCUCGUAGCCCUCAUCCGAAGAAUCUUCACUCGAAAGAAGAGGGACGAAGAGAAGAAGCCACUUGAUCAGUUCAACUUUGAGGAGAAGCGCCAUGAUAAAGCCAUUUCUGAAAAGGAAGUGAAUGUCAAUGUAGUAUCAGGACAAUCUGCAACCAAUCCCUCUUCCGAUCCUCCGCCCGCUGAGCAGAGUGCUGCUGCUGCAGCCACCAAGAAAAAGUAUCCUCUGCCGCACUGGACCGUCUACCUCGCCUACAUCCUGUCCUUCAUUGCCUGCUUUCUGUCCUGUUUCUUUGUGGUGUUGUACAGUUUAGAGUGGGGAAAAGAGAAGGCGCAUGAGUGGUUGAAGUCCAUGAUCGUCUCUUUCUUCAGUUCGGCAUUCAUCAUUCAACCAACGAAGGUGAUAGUCAUUGUUUUUAUAGUGUCCAUCAUCUUCAAGAAGCCUUCGAAAAUGAAUGAUGCCGAUGCCGAAGGUCUCAAAGACAAGACAAUGAAUAAGCUUCAGACAGAUGAGGAAUAUCUACAUGAGGAUUCCUUGACCGCAGGAAAAGCUCCUGGCUAUUCUGCACGCCCAAAGACUCCUCCCAGUAAACAGAUUCUCGAGAAGGCUCGCAAAGAACGUCUCCGAGACGUGCAGGUUUCCGGUGUGGUGCGGGACUUUGUGCUCUAUGCUCUCUACUUGGUCGUCAUUCUCUUCCUAGCCUACACCAACAGAGAUCCCGAUUCUUUCAGAAUGUCGGAAACUAUCAGGAAUACAUUCGUCUCAGACAACAUUGAUUAUCUCGUGGAUGGGGUAAAUCCGGUGACGUUCGGCGCCCUGACGCAGAGCACGCCCGACGAGUUCUGGAACUACAUCGAGCAGACCCUCCUACCGGGUCUCUACGGUUUCAAGUAUUAUAACGGCGAGGUGAUGAAAUGGAGAGAUGCCAGGUUUCUCAGGGACUGGCAAAACUAUCGCGUCGGUCCCGCAAGGCUUCGUCAACUCAGAGUCAAGCCCUUACCUUGUGAGGUGAAUGGUAGGAUGGAGCACGUUGUCAAAGACUGCACCCUGGACUAUUCCUGGUCUAACGAAGACGAAGGAAUAUUCGCUGCUAACUGGACUUAUACCUGUGAUCCCAGCGAUGAGAACAUCCCAAAUUAUGCUUACUAUGAGGUGGAUGAGACCAGACCUUGGCGAUAUCGAUCAGCGGUAGAUCUCUACGGUGUCCCCUAUCAAAGCAACUUGUAUUUCUAUGGAGGUGGCGGCUUCAUCGCCGAGUUUGGGGUGAACCGGGAGCAAGCCAUGGACACGGCGCGGUACCUCAGGAACCACGGCUGGUAUGACAAGUACACCCGAGCGAUCUUCAUCGAGUUCACCGUGUACAAUGCGAACGUCAAUCUCUUCAGUGUGGUGACUUUGCUCCUGGAAACACCGUCGUUGGGAGGAGGGGUGAUCUCAAACACGGUGCACACCUUCAGGCUUUACCAGUAUGUCGGAGGACUUGGUUUUAUAUCGAUCGCCUUUCAGGGCAUCUUCGUUGUCUAUCUUCUGUACUUCUUGGGCCACUUUGUCUACCGUCUCAAGAAAGAAGGCAGGAAAGAACUGAAGAACGUCUGGACGAUUCUUGAGGGGAAUAUGCUCCUCUUCGCAUUCUUUUCAGCUGUAAUGUUUAUCAUGAGAGAAGUGUUUAUCAGGUUCACUCUCCAAGAAGUCAAGAAGAAAGAUGAAGGAGGUUACGUGAAUUUCAAUCACAUCGCCAAGUGGGAUCAAAUCUUCGGCUAUCUCUUGGCCACCCUGACGUUCAUAUCCAUCCUGCGCUUCAUGCGCACCCUGCGCUUCAGCGCCAGGGUGACCCACGUGGCGAUGGCGUUCCAAAGGGCCUCCAGGGACAUGCUGUACUUCCUGCUCAUGUGGUGUCUGAUUGUGAUUGCCUUUGCUCUCUGGGGCUAUGCGAUCUUCAGCAGGUCCAUCUUCACCUUCCACACGUUCCAGGGCGUCUUGGAAUCGUUGCUUGGCAUGAUGAUAGGGUCCUUUGACUUCUAUGCCUUACAGUCUGUGGAGUCGGUUAUUGGCCCGAUCUUCUUCACUCUCUACAUCUUUGCUGCAUACUUCAUGCUGGCCAACAUGCUCAUCACAAUCAUUGUAGAGGCAUUCGCCAAGUCCAAAGAGGACCCGGAUAAAGAUGACAGUACCUUCCCGAUAGGUCAACACAUGAUGAAGAAAUUCAAGAUGAUGCUAGCCAGCUACGGUAUUGGCUCCAACUCGGUGGGGCCGGCUCCAAAGAAACCCAACGACAAGAACUCCGAUGACAAGGACAAAGAGGAUGUAGAUGAUGAAGGUAAUGACCCGGCCUACAAGGACAUGAUGGACACCAUAGAGAAUCGUGUUGAUCAACUGGUCACCUACGUCCUCAAGAACUACGGUGACGGCAAGGGCGCACCAAUGGGCAGUAAGGCUACCCUCAACACCUUUGAAGCUAUGGUCAAGAAGGACAUCGAGACGGUCAAGCAGAAGAAGACCCGAACCAUAAUGAUCAGCUAGGUGUACAUACUAAUGGUCAUCUCACCAUUAAUUUGUGUGUUCAAGAUCACUGCUUUUAUCUAAAUCAAUAAGUUAAAUUAAUACUGAAUUUGAUGUACAAAUAUUGUGAUUUAGUUAAAAUCAUUGUUGAAAACUAAUAUAAUGACAUUAUUUAGGGCUAACCUCAAUCAGCAUUUUGCUUUAAUAUCCGAAUCAGUAAUAUGUAGAAUCAAUACUUCAUUUCAUGUAUGAAUAUUGUGAAUUAAUUUAAAUCAUUGUUUAAAUAGUUAUGACAUUAUUUGAGGCAAAUAAAAUGCGUUUAAAGUGGUGUUUUUUUCAGUUUUGGACGCGGUCCGCGCGUGGACUCGUUAAGGGUAUCAGAAACACAGAUUUUCAAGAAAAAGGGUGGUUUUGAAAAAUUGGUCAAUCGCGAGGUCAAAUGUAUUUAGUGUAUUUUUUCCCCCAAAGCUUUUUUUUUUAAGACUAGCCAAACGUGUUUAGGGUAUGUUUUUUCCCCAAACUUUUUCCACGAGGUCAUAUUUUGGCGACAACUUGUUAAGGGACCAAAAUGUGUCAAUAAAGCCCGCGAAAAACUUGUUUAGGGUGUUAUUUUGCACACAGAGAAAAACUCGUUUAGGGGGUGUUUAGAAAUUAAUUGGUCAUGCGUGUGUACAGCAAUAUAUUUGACUGGCCCCUCCCCCCCCCCCCCCCCCCCCCGUGAAAUGCCCUUCGCCUUGGCCUUAGAGAUAUGCAGUGCUUUUUUUAGUUAUUGAUUUGUUUAACUUGUGCUGUAUUAUAAAAAUGUGUGCUUUAGAAAGUGACCUUGCCAUAAAAUUACUGAAAUUCAAGGCCUAGGGCCUGUAACACAAAGCUUAGCAAUCAUCGUAGAACAUAUUUUUACGAUUGAUUGCAUUGACUACAAUUUACAAAUGAUCAUGAAAAUCAACUGUGUGAUUAAUUGCUAUCUUUUGUGUUACGGAAUCCUGAAGUUUCUUAGAUUCAAAUGUCUGAAUUUGUGCAAUAAGACAGAAGUGCAAUUACAUGCUUGCAAGGACAAUAUUGACUUUAAUAUAAAAUCAAAUUUAUCAUGCAAUUGUUAAUCAAAGCAUACAAGUAAAAGUGGACAUAAUUCAAAGCUAUUGUUAUCUCCUUUUGUAGAAGCCUAUUCUUUGUUGAAUAUGAACCAUGUAAAACAGUUAUUUUCAACCUAGACAAUAUUGAUGAUUCUCGAUGUAUUAUACUGAAUGCUUAUUUCAUGGUCGGUCCAUGUUUUGCUGUAGGGUCCCUUUGGAAUACGUGUUUAUUAACUAGAGAGGCAAACUUUUCAAAAUAACUUUGAAUUCCGACUGGCACCUUUCAGCAAGUAUACUAUAGUUCGAGGAUCAUUACUGGAUAAGAGGUUGAUGACGAAGAAAAUACACCUCUCAAAACAAAAUUGAGAUUUACAUGUAUUGUUUGUAAAUUAUGUAAAUGGAGAGUGCAAACAACUUGGUAAAUGGUGGUGAUUUUUACCUGAUUGCUAUUAAAGAAAGCAUAAAAAGCAACCAGAGGACCGACGGCUUAAGGUCAUCUCCGAGGGACAUGGUAAUGGGUAUUAAUGCCCUACCAAAGGGCACUAGUGCAUCGAGUGGGAAUCGAACCGGGGUCACCGGAAUCCGAAACCCCCGCUCUACCGAAUGAGCUAUCGCGCCUCUGAACUUCGUAUAUAAUAUAAUUGAGAAGAACUACUUGUAAAGCAAGAUAUAUCAUAUAUUUAUAUACUAAUGAAUUGUAUAUUUUGAGGCACUACACCUUUCAAACAAGAUUGAGAUUUAUUUUAUUGCUAGUAAAUUAUGUAAAUAGAGAGUGCAAGGAACUUCAUAUCUAAUUAAGUAGAACUACUUAUAAAGCAAGAUAUAUCAUAUGUUUAUACUAAUGAAUUGUAUUUGCUGUUUUGGGGCAGAAAUUGUACCGCUAACCUUUUUUCAUUAGAAAAUUUUGAACCAUUCAAAUUGAAAUUUCCACUCAUACAUUAAAUGUUGGGCGGUUUGAAAUAUUUUCCUCAGAUUUUUUUUUUCGGGGGGGGGGGGAGGGGGGAGGGGGUGAUGACCAGAAUCCAUCAUCUUUGAAGGAAUGUAAGCAGAGUUACCAUCAGAGCCCUUUCAGGGGUGGGAAUCUGAUUGCCAAAUAGACCAUCACCUUGCCACGAGAAUCAGGGGGGGAGGGGGCCAGAAAGAAGUGGGUUGUCCGAGGGUAAGUUUGUGCCUGGUGGGAGGCUUUGAUAUUGCUCCAAGUGCAGUAGUAAAAAAAAAAUUCAAGUUGUGCACUGACACUUUAUCAACAAGAAAGGUCAUAUUUACCUCCCCGUCCACUAUAUAUGCCUACUUAGAAAAUAAUGGCACAGCCACCCCUCUUCUAACUUUGACCAGAGACCCGUUUCAUAAAACUUGUUAUAACGAAUAACAGUUUAAAGCUACUGAAAUCAUUUGAUUUGAUUGGCUGUUGGUAAACUUGUUACAGAAAUUGUGCAUUUAUUUAUAACAAGUCUUUGUGACACAUGACCAAUAUAAACUGCCUAUUUAUAAAGCUAUCGUAUAUAUAAUAAAUAAAUAUAAAUUUAUUAAAAUAGGAUAUUUUAUGAGUGCUUUAGCUGUACAGAGUAUAUAUUUAUAUAUAUAACUAUGUGUAUUGUGAUUGAUGAAGUAGAAUUAAUUCGAGCCAUGUUAUGCAUGUUUCUGUGUAUGCCAAUUUGAUUGUAUGUACAUCUACAUGUAGGGGCAAUGCAAAAAACUCGGUGUCUAUCAGCCAAUGUGACUGCUUGUGUAAAGAAAGAAGAAAAAAAAAAUCAUAGCAGUAAGGCCAGAAAUAUUUAGAGAAGAGUAGGGAUUAUAGGUCAAAUCCAUGCUUUCAAAACUUUUUAGUUUCAGAUAAAAAAUGAAUUCCAUUUUACUUAAAUUUACUUAAAUUAACAUUUUUAUAGCUACAUAUGCACAUGAUGCUUUACUUGUAUUAUAUAGUUAGUAAUAAUGUUCUUUAAAAAUAAACACAUUCUCAUGAACAGUAGCUGAAAAAAAAAAAUGUUGACAGCCAAAUUUUGACGAGUGCAAAUGAAAGCAAUUUUAGGUGCAAUCCCGACAAAUUCGAGAACACUUGUUUGGGUAGGGGUUGGAGGACCCAAGGUUGUGCAAUAUGCAGAGUAUUGAGCUUGAGGUCUUACAAAAUAAUUGAAUACCUUAAAAGGAAGGCUUUUAAUGGGAGAGAUGACACUUUGGUUAUUUAGCUACUUUAUGUAAUAGCUGGAGUUAAUUGAGUUUAUCAUAUUGCGUUGGAUUACUAUAAAUUAGAAUAUGUUACAGCUUAUUUUGGCUAAUUUGAUCAAGAAAUGGCUGGAAGAUAUUUUUUCUAAAACUUGAUUGAGGCAUCAUUCGAGUUCAAGUACCAGCACAAAUGUUAACUCAAGAAAUUCCAUUUGCCUGCAUGAAUAAUAAAUAAGGGAAGCACCGUGUCAUUUGAUGCCAUACCAACAGGUGUUGAAGUAUCUUUGCAUAUUGCUGAAUUAUAUCGUUGUAUUGCACUACACUCUGACAAAACGCGAAAGAAAUCAUGAAUGGAGUGUCACAAAAUCUCACAAACCUUAUCUUUUAAUGCGUGCAGAGCAAUAUGAUUCUAGUUUCAGCAGGGUUGAGCCACCAUUAUCCAAACCUGCCAACCUCUGGGAAUAAAAAAUUGUAUUCUGUGAUUUAAAAAAAUGUAUUUUUUCCAAAAAAAGUGUAUUUCAUAAUAAAAUGCGUGGCGCACUCGCUCAUCGCGGCGCUCAAGCUGCAUGCAAGCUAAAAUG